GGCGCGCCGGCAGCAGGCUCAGCGCUCGGAGGCCUCGGACACCCGCGCGAAGCAAAGUUUGCGCGCAGCUCUUCGGGGGCCCGGGACGCCUGGCGUGCCGCGCUCGCCUGGACCGCAGCGAGGGUCGCCGACAGCCACGCGGAGCGGAGGGAGCGGCGCCGCGCAGGUCCCUGACCAGAUCGUGCGCCAGGCAGGUGUGAGGACACCGCCGACGACACCCGGACAGAGACCUCUGCGACAGACGUCCCGUCCCUGCGACCCGCCUACCAGCCGCCGUCCUGCGCCUGGGAGUGCAGAGGUGCCGGGAGCUGCCUGCCGUCCCAGGACAAGCCAGCAGGAGCGGGAGGAGCAGCCGUCUCCUCGCAGCCCAUCUGACCCCCCUGUGCCCGGCCCGCUGGCCCAGGCUGAGCAGAGCGUGCAGCACCCAGAGAAUGAGCCUGACCUGGACGGUCUGGUGAAUGAUAUGAAUACAUCCUUGGAGAGUCUGUGCCCAUCUGGUAACAUGCAGUCCGAGACGGUGCCCCUGCGCCAGAACGGCCAGCACGCCCGUGGCCAGCCGCCACCUUCGGGAGCACGGCCCGCGGAGCCUCAGGCGUCUGCACAGCAGAAGGUGCAGCGCUCCCAGCCCAUGCACAUCCUGGCUGUCAGUUUUAGGUUCCUAGCAAAAUUCAGAGGAAGAUACAGAGAUUUCCUGUACACUCCCCUCCCCCAUCGUCAACAUCCCCACCAGAGGCGCCUGCAGGAGGAAGACCAGCAGCUGAAAACCUCGUCGCUGCCGGCCAUCCCCAACCCUUUCCCCGAGCUCGGCAAAAAGGAGAGCCCCUCCGCGCCCCCGGCGGGCUCCGGCUCCGGCUCCGGCUCCGGCUCGGGCUCGGGCCCGGGCCCGCUGACCCUUCCGAGCCAGCCCCAGCCCCCGGCAAAGACGGAUGUUAAAAUCUUUGGUGAGGACGGGACAUGCAAAGUGGUGGAGAUUCCAGUGGACAUGAAGUCCCGAGACCUGUGCCAGCUGCUGGUGUACCGCAGCCACUGCGUGGACGACAACAGCUGGACCCUGGUGGAGUACCACCCUCACCUGGGCAUCGAGCGCUGCUUGGAAGACCACGAGCUGGUGGCCCAGGUGGACAGCACCAUGGCCGGCGAAAGCAAAUUUCUGUUCAGGAAGAAUUAUGGCAAAUACGAGUUCUUCAAGAACCCCACGAACUUCUUCCCGGACCAGAUGGUCACCUGGUGCCAGCAGUCCAACGGCGGUCAGAACCAGCUCCUGCAGAAUUUCCUGAACACCAGCAGCUGCCCCGAGAUCCAAGGGUUUCUGCAAGUGAAGGAGCUGGGGAGGAAGUCCUGGAAGAAGAUGUACCUGUGCCUGCGGAGGUCGGGGCUCUACUGCUCCACCAAGGGCUCCUCCAAGGAGCCCAGGCACUUGCAGCUGCUGGCCGACCUGGAGGACUGCAGCGUCUUCUCCGUGAUCUCCGGCAAGAAGCAGUACCACACCCCCACGGAGUUCGGCUUCUGCCUGAAGCCAAACAAAGUCCUGCAGGAGACAAAGGAGCUGCGGCUGCUGUGCGCGGAGGAUGAGCAGGGCCGCAUCUGCUGGAUGACCGCGUUCCGGCUGCUCAAGUAUGGAAUGACCCUCUACCAGAACUACCGGCUCCCCCACCACAGAAAGGCGGCCUACCUGAGCUCCCUCUCCGGGCCCGUGCGCAGUGUCUCCGAGAACUCCCUCGUGGCCAUGGACUUCUCCGGGCAGACCGGAAGAGUGAUCGACAACCCCGACGAGGCCGAGAGUGCAGCGCUGGAGGAAGGGCACGCCUGGAGGGUAAGGAGACGCAGCACCAGGAUGAGCGCGCUCGGCAGCCAAAGCCCCCUCGCCCAUUCCUCCCUCAACACCGUGAUUCACAAGAGCCAGCACUGGUUCCACGGCAGGAUCUCCAGGGAGGAGUCGCACAGGAUCAUCAAGCAGCAGGGGCUGGUGGACGGGCUCUUCCUGGUCCGUGACAGCCAGAGCAACCCCAAGGCGUACGUGCUCACGCUGAGCCACCACCAGAAAAUCAAAAAUUUCCAGAUCUUACCUUGUGAGGAGGAGGGCCAGGUGUUCUUCAGCCUGGACGACGGGAACACCAAGUUCUCCGACCUGAUCCAGCUCGUCGACUUCUACCAGCUCAACAAGGGGGUGCUGCCCUGCAAGCUCAAGCACCACUGCGUCCGCGUGGCCUUGUGACUCGCCCCGCGCGGCCGGCGGCUGGGGCGCACCCACGUGGCCCGGUGGCCUCAGACCCGCCUGAGCCGGUGGCUGGAGGGAGGUCGCGCUGGAAGGAGCCGGAGGCCUUUGCAUGGUUGAAAACACACUUUGAUUCUGUACCUGGGGAGCAAAACCGCUUCCCCCGGUGCCAACCCCCAAUAUUGGAUAGUCCUCGGACGUGACGGUGAUUUGCUGCUUGGACCCUGCCAGCCACAUCAGGGGCUGAGAGCGCGAGUGCUGAGUUGGAGGAGAACUGGAAGGAGCGUCCCGGCGGGGCCACGUGUGAACCCUAGAAGUGAUUGGAAAUAAACUCUUGCCCUGGAAUAAUCUUGACAAUUAAAACUGACAUGUUUACUUUUUUGUAUUGAUCCCUUUUUUGCACUCCUUGUUCUCAAUGUCGUAUUCAGCCCCUGGUGGCGGGGACACGGCUGUGCAGCGCAUACAAGACGGAGAGACAGUUUCAAGCGGACGGUAGACGUUGCCGACGGAACACGGAGGAGUCCGGAGGGCGGGCCCGCCUGCAGGUCACCGCGGGCGGAUUCAGCGUCCAAAUAAUCGGCACCCCCGCCCUUCCCAGUUGACUGGAAAAGCUUCUACAAACACCACGGCGUCCCCUGUGGUCGGCAUUGGACACGCUUCAUGGACCAGCCAGGCAGCCGCCGUCCGUCACUCUCUCUCCACACAAGGUGCCGCGCUCGUGCUCCGAGGUGCCCCGUCUUCCGCAGCCAGGAGCCUUCGUUUCCGGGGACCCCCCGCCACGCCCGCAGGGCCGAGUCCCCCGCUGGUUGGAGACAGGCAGCUUUCCUGAGACUCUGCUACUCUCGUCUGCCCGUGGUCCGUCCGCCGGCGCACCUGCCGCCUGUUCUAGAAGGAUCACUGCCUGACCCCUGCGGUGGCCUGAGUCUCCUCAUGGCUGUCCUCCCUUGGGGACUCAAGGCUCUGAUAAGAAAAGGUCACCUGCUUGGCUUCCUGCAGAGACCCGCAGGUUUCCACGGUGACACGGAUGGAAACCUUGAAAGGGCACCAUGUCUCCGCCCAGAUUUGUGAGUUUCCAUGGUGACACGGAUGGAAACCUUGAAAGGGCACCAUGUCUCCGCCCAGAUUUGUGAGUUUCCAUGGUGACACGGAUGGAAACCUUGAAAGGGCACCAUGUUCCCGCCCAGAUUUGUGAGUUUCCAUGGUGACACGGAUGGAAACAUUAAAAGGGCACCAUGUCCCCGCCCAGAUUUGUGAGUUUCCAUGGUGACACGGAUGGAAACCUUGAAAGGGCACCAUGUCCCCGCCCAGAUUUGUGAGUUUCCAUGGUGACACGGAUGGAAACCUUGAAAGGGCACCAUGUCUCCGCCCAGAUUUGUGAGUUUCCAUGGUGACACGGAUGGAAACAUUGAAAGGGCACAUCCCCGCCCAGAUUUGUGAGUUUCCAUGGUGACACGGAUGGAAACCUUGAAAGGGCACAUCCCUGCCCGGAUUGGCGGGUUUCCAUGGUGACACGGAUGGAAACGUUGAAAGGGCAUGUCCCCGCCCAGAUUCAUGGGUUUCCAUGGUGACACGGAUGGAAACGUUGAAAGGGCAUGUCCCCGCCCAGAUUCACGGGUUUCCAUGGUGACACGGAUGGAAACGUUGAAAGGGCACCAUAUCUGCCCAGAUUUGUGAGUUUCCAUGGUGACACGGAUGGAAACACUGAAAGGGCCAUGUCCCUGCCCGGAUUGGCAGGUUUCCAUGGUGACACGGAUGGAAACAUUGAAAGGGCACCAUGGUCCAGGCCCAGAUUCGUGCGUUUCCAUGGUGACAGGAUGGAAACAUUGAAAGGGCACCAUGGUCCAGGCCCGGAUUCGCGGGUUUCCAUGGUGACACAGAUGGAAACAUUGAAAGGGCACCAUGGUCCAGGCCCAGAUUCGCGUGUUUCCAUGGUGACACGAUGGAAACAUUGAAAGGGCACAUCCCCGCCUGGAUUGGCGGGUUUCCAUGGUGACACAGAUGGAAACAGACAGGGCACCAUGGUCCAGGCCCGGAUUCGCGGGUUUCCAUGGUGACACAGAUGGAAACACUGAAAGGGCCAUGUCCCAGGCCCGGAUUCACAGGUUUCCAUGGUGACAAGGAUGGAAAUAUUGAAAGGGCACCAUGUUCCUGGCCCAGAUUCACGGGUUUCCAUGGUGACACAGAUGGAAACAUUGACAGGGCACCAUGGUCCAGGCCCGGAUUCACGGGUUUCCAUGGUGACACGAUGGAAACAUUGAAAGGGCACCAUGGUCCAGGCCCGGAUUCGCGGGUUUCCAUGGUGACACAGAUGGAAACAUUGAAAGGGCACCAUGGUCCAGGCCCGGAUUCGCGGGUUUCCAUGGUGACACAGAUGGAAACAUUGAAAGGGCACCAUGUUCCAGGCCCGGAUUCGCGGGUUUCCAUGGUGACACAGAUGGAAACAUUGACAGGGCACCAUGGUCCAGGCCCGGGUUCGCGGGUUUCCAUGGUGACACAGAUGGAAACAUUGAAAGGGCACCAUGGUCCAGGCCCGGAUUCGCGGGUUUCCAUGGUGACACAGAUGGAAACAUUGAAAGGGCACCAUGGUCCAGGCCCGGAUUCGCGGGUUUCCAUGGUGACACAGAUGGAAACAUUGAAAGGGCACCAUGGUCCAGGCCCGGAUUGGCGGGUUUCCAUGGUGACAAGGAUGGAAACAUUGAAAGGGCACGUCCUGGCCCAGCUUCGCGGCCUGUGCCUGAUGCCCCCGGCCUGAGACCCCGGCGCGGGAGGCAGCUGGCGGCCUCUGCCGCCUCGUCCCUCACAGCAGCUGGGGAGUGGACCAGCUCGUCAGCAGGACACUGCUCCCCGCUCCGGGGCCGCUCGGACGGUGCCCGGUCCCAGAGGGGCGUCCCCAGGUCUGAGAGUGGCCGUGUCUCUUUCCUUUGGUCUCUGACGAGCACACAGACCUCUGUGGUGCAAGUGAUUUUCUUGUCUAGUAGCAGUUCCGACGUUGACUGGCCUCUAAACGUGCCCCCGCUGACCCCCACGGGUCCCCGGAAACACACAGGCCUUGGCCUCGGGCGCCCCGUGGGCCAGUCAAUAGAGGGGAAGCUGUUACUCUACAGGCCACACUCUGGUUGUUUUCUGUGCCUGUCCAUUUAUGCAAAUGAAGAAGUUUUAGUAGACGUUUUUAGCUGUAGUUACUCAGUUGUGUUUUCUUUUUUGUACCCAGUUUAUCUCCCGUAGCCCUGACCACAGGCGGGCCUCCCUGUGCUGGCGGCGCUGCCCGACCACCCGAGGGACUGACUGAGCCGCCCCCCUCGCUGGCUGGAUGUGAGCCCCGAGCGCGGGGCAGGUCCCGGCCUCUCCUGCUGAGUAGACCGGGCCCAGCAGUGAGGCGAGGCCCGCCCCCUCCCCCGUAGAUGGCUAGUGUUUGCGGCAUUUCAUAUUUAUACGCACGCGUUUUAUUUAAAGGACAGCAGGAGCCCGACUCUGACUCAGUUUCGCAUGUAGCUGUGUGCCCGGCCCUUGGUCCCUUCCCGGCCUCCGUGAACCGAUGGCGAGUGCAGGCGUGGCACAGGGCGUCCUCGCCCUGCCUGGCCGGGAGGGCCACCCGACAGCAGCCGGUCCCUGGACGAGGCAGUCGCCACCCGCCAGCCAGGGUCCGAAGACAUUCGGCCUUUAUUUUUGUAUUCCGGUGACAUGAAUGUAAACGGGACAGCUCAGGGUCGCGUGGGGCCUGUUGGGUUUUUAUCUGCCUGUGAUUUAUUUUCUCUUUAAGUGAUACUCGUGUAACCGCCUGGGCCAGAUCGAGAAGGAAGACGCCGCGUGGCGGGUGUCGGCCCCCAGCGUGCUGGGGCGAGUCCCAGGAUGCUUUUUUGUUUGCUAAACUUUGAAGAAAUAUGUGCCUCAGUCUAGAAGUCUUGUCCUCUCUCCUCUGCAUGUGACCCCUGGCAGUCUGACCAGCGUCCCACCUCUCGGGGUGGGACUUGCUCGCCGUCGAGUGUGAUGUCACAGCGAGCCGCGUGGCCACGCGCCCGCGCCCCAGGGAUGCAGACGGUGCAGGGACAAGCUUUCCUCAUGUGCUUUGCUCCUCUUUGUACAUAGCUCCUCAGCUCAUGAACCUAAGUACACACUUUCAGGUAUUUUUGUACCAAUAAGGGACUGGUGAUCUGUUUCUUGUAAUUUGAAAUAAACAUUAAUAAACAUACAGUGUUCUUCAUUUUCCA